UCAGUUCUAUUGAAUUUUUCAUAUCGCUCACAUCGUUCACGUGUAAAAUAACUCUUUGAAGUAUUUGUUGAAAAUUCAUAAACCAAAUUUGUCGAGCUCAAAUUUCUCCAAUCACAGUUAGAAUGAGCUCGGCGGACACAAAUCCGGUGGCUAUUCCACAGGAGAAUCCUUCACCCCCCCCAUCGCCCUGUCCCAAAAAGAAGGCCAAACUAGAUAAUAAAGAGAUUGAACAGAAGGGAGACAAUGAUCAACACGAAUUUAUCCAGGCCAUACAGAAUAAUGGCCCAGGCCCAGGCAAGACGGCCACUCUUCAGGCUCAAAUCGAGAGUUCAGGGGUCGCGGAACCGAUGGAUAUAGAUUCAGAGGACGAGACUAUCCAGGGCAAGCCUGACAAGGAAACACAGGGUUUCGAAACUCCGAUUUCCACGGACAUAAAGAACGUGGGUACACCGCAGAAGAUUGAUGCGGCUCUUUGGAAAAAAAGACUGCUACAGAAAAUGUAUUUAAAGGCCAAGGCAAAGAAGCGCAAGGCAAAUACUGGUCAAGCUUAUUAUUGUCAGACAGCAAGCAAGGUCCUCAGCUACAAGGAUCUCACGGCCAAGCUGCGCGAGGAGGCCAAGAGGACCGGCAUUACGAGUUGGCUGCCCUUCAAGCUUGCCAGCAAGCAAGUCAUCUCCACUCUGAUCAAAUCGCGCCAGACACCCAACCUUGGGCUGUCGGAUGUGCACAAUGUGAUUGCAGGAACUGCCAAACAUCUCAAAUACAAGACUUUACUUUAUAUCACCUACGAGAACUACAACGAUAAUCCGUGGGCUCUGUACUAAUCUGUGUGGACUCUUUAUGCCAUAAUAAAUGAUUGCCAAUUCCGAUAUCGGGAAUCACAGAAUUCCUU